GGUCGUAUAACAGGCUGAAGCGCCCAAAGAUCCCGAGAAGAGGACCAGGAGUGGCUGAACUGGAGAAGAUCCUACGAGAACAGGAAAAGAAAGACUGCACUACUACUGCCGAGAAUGCCAAUUUGGAUGGCCAUUUUUCACGCUUUGUUUCCUCUCUUCCCGACCCUUAUCAUCAUUCUCAAUCCCUGAUCAACUCUCCUCCGCGGCCACCGCCACCUCCAAUCACAACUACAAUGCACCCAGCGACACCGACUAUCUGUUCCUCUCCGUCUCGACAUGUUUGCUUAGUACCAAAUCUUGCUCAGUUCAGCCCACCACCACCUGAUCCGCCAUUAAUGACUUCCGUUCAUGGCAAUGAUAGCAGUAAUACAAUAAUUGGAAGAGGCGGUGGCGUGUUUGCGGUUGGCGGGGCGACUGUGGCUCUGCCUGUGAAGGCCUUAUUUGCCAUAACGUGGGCUUCUAGCAAGUCCAGUGUGGAUGGGGUGGAAGGAAGCAACUCAGACUCUGGUAUCCCAUUACCAACUCAUAUUAAUGCCAACGAAUCCAUUCCAAUGUCUCCUUCCCCUAAAUUACUGCAAAAGAGACAUUGCCAAGAUCCUUCUAUAAUGGUAACAAAAGAUCAGUUUCCUGCAGCUGCAUGUUUUUUUUUUUCCUGCCCCAUUCCCAUGAGACGCUAAAUUACCAGUGUCUAGGGUGGUGGUUGGCAUGUUGAUUUUCUGUAGUUGAUGUGAUUUCACUUCAUUGUUUGAAGAAUAAUGUUAACACAUGCAACUAAUUACAGGUAAAUCGUAAUUUUCCUGGUUCUGCCACACCAUUUUCGUCAGACGUAUCACCUGCCAAACCAUAUAAUCAUAUAGAGCCCCCUUCAAACCAAAGAUCUAGUUACAACUACACGUCUCUUUCGCCCCAGGAAGUGAAGGCGAGUCCGAUUUCCUGAUCAUUUAUAUUGAUCUGCUAAUUUAUGUUGUAUUAAUUGUUCCGGCAUAGACAUAAUUUCCUCCUUUGAUUUCAUUGAUUUUUCUGUUGUUAUGGAUUUUUCCGCUUGAGUUUUUCCCCCCAUUUUAUAUAAUUGAGAAAGAAGAGGAAACGUGCAUAAAAAUGGAGUAAUAUUCUUUCAUGGCGAGCACAUAUAUUUGGUUACUGUGUUAUACAGAUGCAUGGCAUGACGAGGCCAAAGCCCUUCUCAGAAGACAAUGCAGCUGGUCCUCAAUUUCAUUUCCAAGUUCCUCAAUUGACCGGUCCUCGCAUCCCCACACCAGAUCAAUCAUCUUCGUGGCAUAGUCGCAGUAGUGCAUUUAAUGUUGGCCCCAGUAACAAAUUAAUCUUCAGAGGUACAAGAGGGGAUGGCCCAUCGGAUAUCAACUCGAAGAAGUUCAGUACUACAUACAUGAAUAAUUUACCCGAAAACAAUUUGUACAGAUUUGGCUGCCUUGCUAAUAAUCCUCCGGCGCUCAUGGCACACGGUCUUCAUGAAAGGGAGUUCUCCAAACUUGACAAGCCUGCUAUCCGAGAAAGCAUGGAGGACUCAGAUCACAGGUCAGGAAUGGGUGGAUUAGAUAGUGAAAAAUCCUUUCAUGGCUUUUUCCAACCAAAGAAGCAAAUGGGCUGGAAAGAAUUUACCCUUAGCUCAAACGAUGAGAAGGGUAAUGAGGCAGGAGAGGAUGGCAUUGAUCUCAGCCUCAAACUCUAGGAGGGUAGCUUAUCAUGGCAUAUGAUCAAGCAUUUGAGAAAACAUUUGGAAUGUUGUAGGGUGUGUCUGUCUGUCAUGUGCGUGUGAGAGAGGGAGAUCAUGUGGACGACUUUGUUUCUUGUAAUUAAGUGAAAUUUAGUUUCUUUUUUAUUUUUUUCCUUUACUUGCUUCCACGAAAUAUAGAUGAGAUUCCA